AAAAUAAUUUCCGUCUCACCCCCAACCAGACAACUACUAAGCUCACUUUAGGAUCUAAAGUGUGUUCUUACACCUUGUGACCUCAUAGUAUGGGGUUAAAAUUCGUGGCGCAGGUGUCCACCUGUCCUCACGACAGUUCCUCUGAACUUCUACAGACAGACAACAACAGCUGUCCUCACCGGCGUGAGGGCUUGAACCCUCCUCCUCCACAGGCAAGCCCACGUGACCGUCACUCCAACUCCUCAUCCUAUUGGCCCCUCCCACUGCACCUGCUCGACUCAUCCGCCAAUCACGUGCUUCCGUCGGUGUGAUGCAAGAUGGCGGCUUCCAGCGCUCCGUACGAGACACCGUCGCGCAGAGAGGCCGAAUAUCUCCGUCUACCGGUCGGUUGAACUUCCGAGGGCCGAAACAGGAGAAGUCGAGCGGGGUCGGGUAUAGAAGCGGUGUGCCGAUGGUUUGUUCCGGCGAGAGCUCGGUCUCCGUGGCGGUCUGAAGGGCUUCUCUUAUCCGAGGAUGGCAACCGAGAACAGGAUACAUUUCUGGAGGAGAAACGCAAAGGUUCCCGGAAGUGUACAACCAGUAUAUGGAGCGCAGCAUCCUCCUCUCGACCCACGGUUGCGACGCACGUAUCCCAAAGACACAAAGCCCAAGUUCAACAAUCUCAAGUCUAAAAAGGCGUCCAGCUUCCACGAGUUUGCCCGCAGCACCAAUGAUGCUUGGGACAUUGACGAAGAGGAGGAUGAGAACUUCCUUGGGACCCCAUCCCAAACUUCCUCCCUCCCAUCAGGCCUCCCCUCUUCGUCAAUUCAGAACCAGAAUCCAGUCGGGGACUCGGAAACCGGAGUGUCCCACAUUCCAAGGACCAGGGACCAAGACCUCCACCAUGUGUGGGAGGAGGACGUCAACGGCAGGGUUGUCAGGUCUACGAGUGACAUCCACCUCAACACGUCCACUGUUCGCUCCACACUCCAGAAGCAGCCGUCCCUCCCAGUGCGCCCCAUCAUCCCACUAGUGGCCCGCAUGUCAGACCAGAACGCGUCGGGCGCCCCGCCCAUGACGGUGAGGGAGAAGAACCGGCUGGACAAAUUCAAGCAGCUACUGGCUAGUCCCAACACGGACCUAGAGGAACUCCGGAAGCACAGCUGGUCGGGCAUCCCAAGAGAAGUCCGGCCCAUCACAUGGAGGCUUCUCUCUGGCUACCUGCCGGCCAACAAGGAGCGCAGGGAGCUGGUGCUAAGAAGGAAGCGAGAAGAAUACUUUGGCUUCAUAGAGCAGUAUUACCAUUCUAGAACAGACGAGCACUAUAAAGACACAUACAGACAGAUCCACAUCGACAUUCCAAGAACCAACCCUCUGAUUCCCUUGUUCCAGCAGCCCGUAGUACAAGAGGUGUUUGAGCGCAUCCUCUUUAUCUGGGCCAUCCGUCAUCCAGCCAGCGGUUAUGUCCAGGGAAUCAAUGAUCUGGUUACGCCCUUCUUUGUUGUCUUCCUCUCAGAGUUUGUCAAAGAUGUGGAGAACUUUGAGGUGGCAGCGCUGCCUCUGGACACGCAGAGAAACAUUGAGGCGGACAGCUUCUGGUGCAUGAGCAAGCUUCUGGAUGGAAUCCAGGACAACUACACAUUUGCACAGCCUGGAAUCCAGAACAAAGUGAAAGCUUUGGAGGAGCUGGUCAGCAGGAUAGAUGAGGACAUUCACAAUCAUUUUAAGAGGUAUGAUGUGGAGUACCUGCAGUUUGCUUUCCGCUGGAUGAACAACCUGCUGAUGAGGGAGCUGCCGCUGCGUUGCACUAUUCGUCUCUGGGACACCUACCAGGCUGAAGCGGAGGGUUUCUCCCACUUCCAUCUGUACGUCUGUUCUGCUUUCCUCAUUGAGUGGCGCAAAGAAAUCCUCUCCAUGGUUGACUUUCAGGGCCUUCUCAUGCUCCUGCAGAACCUUCCCACAAUCCACUGGGGCAAUGAGGAAGUGGGUCUCCUCCUGGCUGAAGCUUAUAGACUGAAAUACAUGUUUGCAGAUGCGCCCAGCCACUACAAGAGAUAGGCUGGGGGCCGCCUCCCAGUCCCCCCCCCCCCUGAGACCAGACUGUGACUCGAGGGAUGCCCAGUACUUGAGACACUCCAGACCUCCAUGUGUGUUCUGUGAGGUAACCUGGACGUGAACGUGGCUUCCUGGAGCCCCAACAGUGCUCCAUGAACAUACGUUUAUUGAUAGUGGAUGGAUGCACUGUGUCAUGGGACCGUUACCCUGGUAACGUUUACUGGCGAGGUCAUGCAAUGUCCAUCACCUCUCAUGUGAAACGGACACUCAGAAGAACAUGCUUGGUUUUAGUGAAAGACUCUUUCCGUGGAUUCCCUUAUCUUGUUUUAAACAUAUGUUUUGGUAUUUGCCUUAAAAGUACUAUACCUAAACAAGGCAAAUACUUUAUUAAGACACUGUCUAAGGUUGACAUCUUAUGUGCACAGGACAAUGAAAAGGUCAUAAUUUGUCAGUUUAAUUGGUAGCCAUUACAAAUAUUCUCAAUUGUAUUCAACCUAAGCGUAGCAAAUAUUAGGUACUGUGGUUAUUUCAAGUUGGGUUUGGUUUUACAAAUGGAGCGACUGAUUGGGUACCAGUUGGCCUUUAUUAUCACAAAUCAGCAUUUUGAACCACUAUUAGGCCCUGGUGUAGUACAUAGUACAUCAGCAGGGGUACAUUACAGUUGUGUUGCCUCUGAAUGGUCAAACAGUGCUAGAGACCCUCUGGUUAAUGUAGCUUUAAAUUCCUUUCUCAAUUGUUUUUGGAACCGACUGAGAUAAUUCUAACUUUUACUAUAUUUUUGCUGGAAUACAAUUUUAGUUCUAGAUCGUGGCACACAAAGUCACUGACACAGAUCAGUAAUGGUCUGGUCUCUGCAGAGUGAUGUAAAUGAUCCUCUAUUAGAUACCUGUGGUUAUUGUAAAAACGGCAUGGAUAGAGGUAGUCAACAAUGUUUGAGAUCCUCAGUGGAGGAAAAUCAUCGUAAUUGUUCUUUUAAAGGAGGAGAGGCCCUGUUGAUGCUCGAUAAAGGACAUUUAGACACCCCAUCCCACCUGAGACAGUCCUGUGGACAAAGCGCAGCUCACAAUGUAUGACCAUGCCUUUGUGAUGAGCAUUUGUCAUGUUCUGUUGUCUUUCAGAGUGUACAGUAAUAUGGAUAAAUACUUGGGUAACUUUAAUGCUAAUGUUUUAUAUUUGUCAAAGUUUCAGGUUAGGCUGCACUUCUGUGACCGUUCUGGGAUGGGGGAGAAAGAGAGAUAUUUUUGCUUCUAUCUACCUUCAUUACCAGUGAUAAUUAUAACAAAACGUAUGUUGAGAGAUAUGACAAUCAUCUUUUUUUUAUUUAUAAUCUGGAUUUCCUAUGCACUAGAUUCCUGGAGAUUUUAAUCAUUUAAUUGCUGGAAAACCUAACACUGUUGUACUUAUUUAUGGUUUAUUCAUUGCCAGUUUUUGCUUUUAAAAACGCUAUAUUGUUGUGUUCAUCGACUUUGUUUUACCCUUCUAAAACACGUUGAAUGUUUUUGUGAGUGAUGUUGUUGAAUGUAUGCCUUUUGCCUUAAAAUAGUACUUGUUUUCAUUCAGGUGGGUCACACUGAUUGUUCACUCCAUGCUGGUUUUAUCUACAGUCGUAAUGUCCUCACAAUGUGAUGUAACAAAUAAAACCUUUGUUUCAG